AUUUUCCCUUCAGAUAAACUGUUUCUCAACUGUUCAAUGUCUCAGCUGCUCUGAAGGUUCUGAGAAUUUGAUUUUCGUUGGAGAAUCAGAAGCAGAAUUUGAGAUAAUAAUUAAAUUUGGUGAAAGAAAAGGGUCGAGCUUGCCCGAUAUGUGUUAUAGUUAACCCUUGUUUUAGCCCUUACAAACUGUUUUCUGUUUAUUGUGAUUUUUUCAUUAAUGUUGAUUAAAGUUUCCAAUGGAUUUAUAUUUACAAUUUGUGAUUAAACACGGCAACUAGUUUAACCAAUUGGCUCAUGUAACCCACAAUAUCAACCUGUAAAUUGGAUUAAUUGAAACAAACUCAAUUGUCUCCACUCUCAGCAGAUGCAAAAGACAACAAUCUUUUGGAUAAAAAUAAUGUGCUACCAUUUUUUUUCUAGCCUUUAAUUAGUAAUUUUUCCCUCUUUUUCAUGUUACAAUCAUUAAUCUACAAUUUAACAAAUUUACAAUUUACUGUUAACAAGACCAUUUACUAAAUUGAAUGUCUCAAAGUUAAAUCAAAUCAAGUGUUGACUUGAGUUACAAGAAACAAUCUCAUAAGUCAACAGCAACACCGCCAUCAACUCAAGAGCAACAUUAAAAUUUAAAAUCUAACUGUUUACAUCUAAUAUUAAUUGUAGCUAGAAUCCAUCAACCAUAGUUACAGUUAAAUACAAGCCAAUUGGAGGAAAAGAGGUGAAAAUGUUGCUUCAAAUUGAAACCAAUUUUUGUCUAAUGGUUAUUCAAUUACUUAAAAUUAUUUAUACUCUUCUUGUUGUUGGUAAUGUUUCAAUGGUUAAAAGUGUAUCCGGAGUUCCUAGAGUGGUUAAGAUAGGAGCUCUUUUCACGGAAGAUGAGAAAAAUGGUCUCACCGAGUUGGCCUUUAAAUACGGUGUUUAUCGUGUUAAUAAAGAUCGUAACCUUCUAUUCAAUACAACUUUAAUCUAUGAUAUUCAAUAUGUUUCCAAAGACGACAGUUUUCAUGCUUCCAAGAAAGCUUGUUAUCAAGUUGGCUCUGGUGUAAGUGCCAUUUUUGGUCCGCAAAACCCACUUCUAGGAAAUCAUAUUCAAUCCCUGUGCGAUGCCUUGGAUAUACCUCAUAUGGAAUCACGAGUUGACCUUGAGCCUGAAAUUAAAGAAAUCUCAAUUAAUUUGUAUCCUAAUCCAGUAAUUACCGGUGAUGCCUUACGUGAUUUAAUUAAGUAUUUAAAUUGGACCAAAAUUGCCGUCAUUUAUGAGCAAGAUUUGUCCCUGAUUAAGCUUCAACAAUUGGUUAAAGCGCCAAUGCCAAAAAGUGUCCAAUUCAUUUUUCGUAAAACAGAUCCCAGUCAAUUCCGUUCAAUUUUAAUGGAUAUUCGAACUCGUGGUAUUUACAGUGUGAUAAUCGAUACUAAACCUGAACAUUUGCAUUUAUUACUAAAAGCUAUUUUACAAAUUCAAAUGAACAACUACAAAUAUCAUUAUCAUUUCACAACUUUUGAUAUUGAAUCUCAUGAUUUAGAAGAUUUUAGAUACAAUUUUGUAAACAUGACUGCCUUUCGUAUGGUUGACUCGGAUGAUUUAAAUGUUCGGGAAAUAUUGAAAGAUAUGGAAAAAUUUCAAAACUACGGACCAAAUUCCAAUAAAACUAAUGUGAUUCGGGCAGAAUCGGCGCUCAUGUUUGAUUCUGUUUAUGCAUUUGCUCGAGGACUCCAAGCACUUGGCAGAGGAACCACUCUCAGGCCAAGCAAUGUUUCCUGUAACGAGGAGAAACCUUGGGUCGAUGGAAGUAGCCUUUUCAACUAUGUUAAUGCUGCCGAGUUUAAUGGACUCACUGGCAGGAUUUUAUUCAAAGAGGGACGACGAAGCACGCUUAAACUUGAUUUGCUCAAACUGCGUAAUGAUAAACUUGAUAAGGUUGGUGAAUGGACCACUUGGAGUGGUUUAAAUGUCUCCAAUCAUGAAGCUUUCCAUGAAUUUGGCUCCAAAAAUAUAACCUUGCGUAUAACAACAAUCAUCUCAAUUCCCUAUGUUAUGUACAAGAAAGGUAAUUGGACAGGUAAUGAUAAAUUUGAAGGAUUCUGUAUUGAUCUACUUGAGGCAAUAUCGAAAUCUCUUGGAUUCAAAUAUAAUCUCUACGAAGUUCCUGAUAAAAAGUUUGGAGCAGAAAACACAACAACCGGAGAAUGGAAUGGUUUGGUUCGAGAAAUCAUCGACAAGAAUGCUGAUCUUGCCGUUGCCUCCAUGACAAUCAACUAUGCUCGUGAAAGUGUCAUUGAUUUCACCAAACCCUUUAUGAACCUUGGAAUUGGAAUUUUGUUUAAACUUCCAUCCCAAGCACCGACUCGACUCUUUUCCUUCAUGAGUCCCCUCGAUGUGGACAUUUGGCUGUACGUGUUGGCUGCUUACAUCUUGGUCAGCUUUACCAUGUUUAUCGUGGCUCGCUUCAGUCCCUACGAGUGGCAAAAUCCUCAUCCCUGUGUCACUGACAAUGACAUCAUGGAGAACCAGUUUUCCGUUGCCAAUUCCUUUUGGUUCACCAUUGUGACCCUCAUGCAUCAAGGUUGUGAUCUCAAUCCAAGAGCCGUUUCAACUAGAAUCAUUGGAGCCAUCUGGUGGUUCUUUACUCUCAUCUUGAUAUCAUCUUAUACAGCCAACUUGGCUGCCUUUUUAACCGUUGAACGUAUGAUUACUCCCAUUGAGUCGGUUGAAGAUUUAGCCUCUCAGUCCAAAAUUGCGUAUGGUACUCUUGACUCGGGUUCGACCAUGACUUUUUUUCGUGACUCGCGCAUUGAAACGUACCAGAAAAUGUGGCGAUUCAUGGAAAACAAACCAAACGUUUUUGUAUCCACUUAUGAGGAGGGAGUGAAAAGAGUCUUGGAGGGAAAUUAUGCCUUUCUCAUGGAGUCGACCAUGUUGGACUAUAUCGUUCAACGCAACUGUAAUUUAACUCAAAUUGGAGGUUUACUUGAUUCCAAAGGUUAUGGUAUUGCUACGCCAAUUGGUUCUCCUUGGAGGGAUAAAAUAUCAUUAACUAUUCUUGACCUUCAAGAAAAAGGUGUUAUUCAAAUGUUGUACAAUAAAUGGUGGAAAAAUUCUGGCAUUGCAUGUAAUCGAGAUGAUAAAAAUAAAGAGGGAAAAGCAAAUGCUCUGGGAGUUGAUAAUAUUGGAGGUGUUUUUGUUGUCCUCAUGGGAGGCUUGGCUGUGGCUAUAAUUACUGCUCUCAUUGAGUUUUGUUGGAAUUCAAAGAGAAAUGCAAACAAUCAAAGACAAUCGCUGUGCUCUGAGAUGACGGAAGAGCUAAAAUUUGCAAUGAAAUGUCGUGCAUCACGGCAAAGACCUGCAAUUAGACGGCAAUGUUCAAAGUGCUUGCAAAAUGUACCGACUUAUGUACCGGAUGGAAUGGACAUUUUGACACAAGAAAAUGGGAUUCACCAUGUUCUUGAGACGCGAAAAGUACCAACGCCAUUGCAAUAUGAAUGUGAUUGUUCACAUCGUUAAACUCCUUCGUUUUUUUCGAGAAUCUCGAUUCGCUUUUUUCAUCUCUCUGUCCUCAUGAGACUUUUUUAUGCUCAUUCAACGUUAAACACAAUUAUGCCAAACCAGAUAAACAAUUGUGCCAAUUCAACCUAUUCAAUUGUUAGUUAUAUUUGUUACUAAUACAGAAUUGGAAAUGGAGUUAAACCUCGUUACUUUAUCCUUUGCGCAUUUCUUCGUAUCCAAGUAUACUGGUGCUAAAUUUUUCGCGAUAAAUUGCUUUCAACAUAAAAUGAAGAUUUCAGUCAAACACAGUCUAGUGAUUUACAUUCAAAAGAUUUGAAUCAAUGUUGAUUGAAAUUAAUUUGUCAGGAAAAAUGCCCAUCGAUAUACUUGGAUACCAAGCAAUAAGAUAACGAGGUCUAACUCCAUUGUCAAUGCUGUAUAAUGUUAUUCAAUCAACAAUUUUCAAUGAUGUAACAUCAUUGUGAUAAUCAUACAUUAUGGCAAUGUAAGUUGUUAACAAUUGUUAUUGUACUAGCCAUUACUGUUUAUAUAUUGAGCAAAAUAAGAUAAUAAUCAAAUGUAAUAACAGUAAAAUAUAGUGAAUGGAAACGAGAUUAUGCAAAAAUGGACACUUUUCGUACUCUUGUGCUGUAAAUAUAUUGAGUAUAGAAAGAUAGUUUUUCAAGGCCUUGUUUAAUAAUUAAAAUAUAAGAUGAAAUGUAAACAAUUAAAGUUGAACUGUAUUCUGAUUUAUGAAUUGGACUGUCUUGAAAGGAAAGGAAAUGUCAUAAUUGUAUUGAUUAAUGUACACUGCCAGAAAUGCAAAGAAUACGAAAUUUAAUCAAAUGUUAAAUAGAUUCCAUUUGCAAGUGAAGAUGCAAAUUUUGUAAAUAAUUUCUAAUCAAACUGAAAAUAAACUAAACUGAAUCAUGUUUUACUCAAUGA